AUGAAUAAGGACAAUAAUUUUCAGCAAUGGUUAUUAACCGAACUAUUUCCUUCUCAUGUAGUAGUAUUCGGAUCCAAUCAGGCACAAGAUUUCUUGAGAUCUGAAUUUGGACUUGAUGUAUCAAGAUUACUUCGUCCUUUUGGUACUGACCGUGCUAGUAAAUAUCUUUGGGCUGAAAACAACAAUCUAACAUCUAAUGAUAAUGAUAUAGAUAUUAAAUGGCGUGAACGUGUAUGUUUAGAAUAUUAUAGAUAUUGGCCUUACUCAAAAAACAUUAUGAUGAAUAAACCUCCGGAUUCAGAUCAUAUCUGGUUCUCAAAUAAUACACACUUUUCUGUUAAAAUUAAUGCUAUGAAUAAGAUGAUUAAAGCUGAUAAUAUAAAUAUCAGAUUUAUUUCUUUAUGUAAUACGAAGAAAGAUGUACGUGAAAUGUAUGAAGAUUUGACCGUACGAGCCGUAGAGUCUUGCAGACAAUUUUCAAGAUCAUUUUCAAUGAGUGAAAUUGUUUCUAAAAUAAUUUCUGGAACAGGGCGUAAAUAUAUAGAGUCUUUAGCUAAAGAAAUAUUGAAGAAAGAGGAUUCUUCACUUGUUAAUAACGUGCCAUUUAUAGGGAUUAGUGGCCUACCUAUUUGGCUUGAAAGAUGGUUCCAGGUAUUCUAUUCAGAAUUAAACUUUGCAACACAUGAAACUAUUAGUCAACCAAUUGGAGGUAUGAUUUUCGUAUUAAUCAAUGAGGAAUCUCUUGAUAAAACUUGUGAAACUAUAUUGGAUGGUCUUAGAACUGGAAUUAGCUUUACAAAUAUUGAUGGUAACUCUAAUUAUUACCAUAACCAAGGUUAUUUUCGAUCUCACUAUUUACAAGAAACUUAUUUGAAUGAUUUCCCAUUAGUAUUUAUAUUAAUAAGUGACUCUUCACUAGAAGAUAAUUGUAAUUUGGAUGUACAAUCUAUAAUCUCUAAAUUGAAACAAUUAUUCCCUGAAAACGAAUUCUAUUUGUGGAAUAUUAAGGGAAUUAGUAAAUGUAGUUGUUCUGAAUCAAUAUUUGAGGAACAAAAAGUAGAUAAACCUGUAUCAAUUGGAUCUUAUGCUCAUCCGUAUUUGGAUACUACCGAUUAUUAUAUGAAUGUGAAUCGUUUUUUAACUCAUAGUGAUAUGGAGUUGCUCCGUAGUAUUAUUUUUAGCUGUGUAACUAAAAAUUUUGUUUUAUGGAUUCAAAAUACAAUGAAUAGAUUGUACAAUACUGUGAAUCAAUCAAGAAAAGGGAUAAAAAGUCAUCUUAGGAUGUUUUGGAGAAGACCUAAACCUGAGGUAAACACUUCAAUGAAUUCAGAUAGUUUUUUGUCAACUUUAGGCAUGACUAAUGCAAUCAGUAAUUUAGAUGAUAAAAGCCAACUUUUUGAAUCAAAUAUUCCAUUAUUUACUUCAUAUAAAGAUACUUCAGCUAAGAAACAAUUACGGAGUCCUAUAAUAUAUUCUGCUAGUACAAUUGAAGGUCAAACACGCAUACUCGCAGAUCUUUGUUUUUUGAUCGGUGACUUUUCUUCUGCUACUCAAUACUAUAAGCAAAUACUCUCUGACUACAAGCUUGAUAAGUCAUAUAUGUGUAUGGGAUCAACUUAUGAAAUCUUAGCUGUGUGUCAAGUAGCAACUGGCAUGGACCUAGAGGCAGUCUCAAACUUGCUAUUAAAUGCUUGCAAUUCUUAUCAAAGAAGUAGUGAUUAUUACAGUUACAGCCUAUAUAUGCGAUCUAUUAUAUUUCUUGUGAUAUCACUAUUUAAUUCCCCUGAUCUAUAUUCUGUAGAUAGUGAAUUUUCAAUUUCUGAUCUAUCUGGUAGCUUUCGAGUUAAAUAUUCCACUAUAUAUGAUUCAAUAAUAGAUAAGGUUAAAUCUGUUAUUAUUGAUAUGCAGAAUUUGGAUAUGAAUUCAAAAUACUUUUCAUGGAUACUACCCAAUGAUAAAGGCAAUUAUUCAACUGAAUACAAUUCUACAAGCAGAAAUGAACAAAUUGUACGAUCAACUAAUAUAAGUAAACAAAGUAUUUUGAAUUUUGCAAUAAUGAAUGAUUUAUUUACUAGAUUAUUGGCUUUGCUUCCAAAUGAUGCUCACCCUAGUGGAUCUAUUUCUAGAAGAAAUCUCUAUUGUCACAAGUGGUAUUACCACUCUAUUUUGGCUGCUCAAGCUUUUCAAUAUAUAGGGUUUAAAGCAAUUUCUUUACAGAGUUUUUUGAAUGUUCUUUUGCAAGAAGAUACUAUCAAAUGGCCUGAUAUUGAUACAUAUCUAAGGUUUCAUUCAGCAAAUUUAUGUCAUAAACUCUCCUUUUUUUCUGAAAGUGUGCUUUUAUUUAUUUCUCUGAUCUAUGAGAUUAUAUUACGAUGUAUAUACAAAUUAGAUAUCAAGAAUGAAUUAGAUGCACUUGAAAUUAAUAAUGAAAAAUCUAUAGCUGACGAUACCAGAUUAUCAAAAUCACUUGGGGAUAAUAUCUUACUUAGAAACUCAACAUUCCUAGGCAAAGAUGACAAAGAAGACUUUAUUCACUUCAAUAAAUUGCAACUUUUACUCUUUAAAGGAUUUGUUGAAUCUUUCACUGAUUAUUUAAAUAACCUUAAGAAGGAGAAUGAAGAUGAUAAAACAACACAGCAUAGUUUUCAACUUCGUCUCCCAUUACCUAUUUUAUUACCUGUUGGAACUUCUUUGAUAUUGGAAUCAGAUCAUAUUCAGACAAAAGCUGUAAAUUUAUUAAAUGAAGAUCUCUUGGCUGGUAAUAAUUUAUCCAGCAAUAAUUGUAUUUGCAGUCACUCUAGGCUAACCAAAUUACUAGGUCAAAAUCUUAGUUGUAGCUCAUGCGACAGCAUAAAUGGAAAGGACCAAUAUUGCAUUUCUGCUGAUGUAACCAUCCCAAAGGGACAUAAUAGUUUCUGUAAAUUUCACACUCAAGAUAAGUCAUUUGUAAAAGAUGAUCACUUUGUUUAUAUAAAGAAUACAAUAGAUAGGUUACUAGAUAUGGAGAAUAAAUUGGAGAAUUUGGAAGUUUUGGAACUACAAUAUCAAUACUUUUUGCAGAAUCGUCAAAAUUUAAUAGAGCAGAUCCAAAUUAAUGAUUCUACUUCACUUAAUCAUCUUUUAAUGAAUUCUUGUACAACUAGGUAUACUUUUGUUGGGAAUAAGUGUAUUGUUGAAUUCUAUUUAUAUAAUCCACUAUCAUUCUCAAUUAAUUGCGAAUCUUUGCACCUAUGGGGCCAUUUAAGAAUGUCUGAUGGAACGACACUUAUUUAUCCAAUAAUUGUUGAUGAAUCUAAUUUAUUUGAUGAAGAAUUUGUAGAUGCCAAAAAUAUUAAUAUUGAGACAAACCUUGUAUUUUUUAGUAAAUCUAUAAGUUUAAAGCCAAAUGAAAGUAGGUUAUUUAGAUUAAUUGCUGUUCCUUUCACAUGUGGUGAUUUAUUCUUGGUUGGGAUUUCAUUUUUAUUAGAUGGCAAGGUCCCCAUUCGCCAGAGUUUUAAUUCACCAAUUCUUUCAAAGGAAUCAAUUGGAAAUUAUCGUUUGCUAGUCCCAAAUAUAAUAUUUAACUCAAAUUUAAAAGAUACCAACUUUUCUGGAAUAGUGAAAAUUUCUAUUUUGAGUGAUUUAAGUAAAUUAUCAAUGCUAAUUGAUAUUUUUUCAUUUAAAAAUACACCUAGUUCAGAGACAAGCUCUGAGGGUUAUAAAAUGAAUAAUUAUAACUCACUUGCAGGAAUUCCAUACAAUUUCUCUGUACAGUUGAAAAAUUCAUCUAGCUAUUUAGUAAAUGGUACGAAGCUAUUUAUUAUUCCUUUAUUUAGUAGGAGGUUUAAUAUUUCAGUAUGGUUGGAAACAAAUCCAAAUGAACUAAAGACAUCAUCAAAUGAACCACUUCUUUAUCAUAUACCUAGUAUUGGUGCUGGUCAAAUAAAAAAUAUUUCAUUUUCCAUUUGGGUAAAUUCUGAGUGUCUAGGUUCUAUAUACAUUAUUUUAGUAACUUCAGGUAAAAAUCAAAGUGACCAGUGCUCUGGAUUAAUGCAGAACAAGCUGCGCUCCCAUAGACUGAUUGUAAUGGCAAAAAAAAAUGUCAAAAUUAAUAAAUCAAUAUCAAUGUAUGCAUCGGUCUUUUCUAAUGGACUAGGUAUGCGUAAAUCUAUAUUUAUCCGUUGUAUUAAUAACUCAAUUUAUCCCUUAAAUAUGCAUAAAUUGUCUAUUUUUCCAAGUAAAUGGAUUGAAAACACAGAAAUAGAAGAUAAGCAAGAUAAAAAGUAUAUACCCUCAGUCAUAAUUAUUAAAGAUUUUGAUAACAAAGAAAUAUCUCGAUCUCAAAAUUGCUUGAAGAAUAUGGAUAGCAAUACAAGUAAAAUAAGAAAUGAAAAUAGUGACAAGAUCAUCUUUCCAGGUAGAAGCUUUCAAAUGUUUGUACAGAUAGAUGAGAAUUAUCCAGAAUUUUUAUUAACAAAUAUCUCUUCGGUCCUAAACGUUGACUUGAUUCUUGAGUGGUCACUUUAUCCAUUAAAUAGUGAGAAAUUAAGUAAUCUUCAAUGUUUUGGUCAAUGUGGUAUUUUUGAUCUGAAAUUAUGGACAUCUCCUAAUUUAUUAACUUCAAAUAUAAAAGAUAAAAAGUCUUCAUUAAUAUUUAGGUUAGACAUAAUAAAAGAUAAAUGUAGAAAUUUUAGUAAUGGGCAUUUGAAAAUUGUGAAUGUAAUAGCAUCAAUAACUAAUACCUCUGAGAAAUGUACCACUUUAUGUAGUCUUAUCUGUACCACACCAAAAUUAUCUAAUGAUCAAAAGCAUGAAGAUUUACUUGUUCCUCAAAGUGAUAUAGAUCCAUUUUCAACUGAAUUAAGUAGUAGCUCAAUGUCUUUGGAACAUGAUAAAUUAGAAAAGUCAGAUCAAAGUACUUGCACAAUACUUUCCUCAGGAGAGCUGAUUUGGAUAGGUCCUACAACAAAAUACUUGACUUUACUUCCAAAUUCAUCCGUAAAUGUUUAUCUAAAAGCUAUAACACCUAUAAAUGGUCUAUUCAAUACAAAUAGUAUACAACUAAUUAUAAUGAAGGAAAUUCCAAUUCCCAAUAUUUUAAAACAGUCUCACUACAUAAAUACACCUAUAGAAAAAUAUAUUCAAAAUACUUCAGUUGUUUAUCAGCAGUGGCACCCUUGUGAUGUAAGCAAAAUUAUAGAACCAAUUACUUUUCGUCUUGCAUUAAGACAAUGGAUGGAAAUUAAUGAUGAAAAAUCACUUAACAAGAGACAUCAUCAACUUAAAAGUGGUAAAGAGUCAACAUUCAUCCAAAAUCCUAACUUGACACUACUUCCUGUCUAUAGAGUAAAUAAAAUAAAGAGUAAAAGUUCUAGAAAAAAAAGUAGCAAUAAAUCUCACGUUUUAACUAGUUCCCAUGAAAUACUAGUGAAAGAUAAUGAAUUCUCAAUUAAAUAUAACUCAGCUAUUAAUCAACUUGUUAGAUGGGCACUUGCACCAAGUACUCCGAAAAUCAAACAUAUUGAUAUAAAGCCCUUUAUAACAAGUUCUACGAAUUCUAAGUUAUAUUCUCAUUCAUACAAAGGUAUUGUUCAGCCAAGAUCAUGGGAAGUUGGAUGUAUUCUGCAAAUAUGA